AAAAAACCCCAAACCUGUUAUUGUCAUGUUAGACUUCUAUGCUGCUCAAGCAAUAACACAGCAAUAACAAGAAUUUGUGGGCCUUAUGAUGUUUGAUAUUCCAAUUUCUUUUGAGAUCCAAUUAUCUUGUGACAAAAGUUGGCGGACUUCACCUUCUUGGAAAAUGCCCAUUUCUUUUUGUAAUCUAUAUUUCAUGUUUAAUAAGGUUUUUUUUUCCAUUGCAAUAAAAAAAGCACUUUAUUUAUACUCCACUAAUGUUAGUAGGAAAUAAAGUGCAGGAGUGAAUACAAGCACAAUCUCAUCAUUUCCUUCUUCUUUUUCUCUUGUCUAAAGAACUUGUAAGUUGUAACAGUAAGCUACCAUAUGGAUACUCCACUUCCACAGAAUUUAAAAGCGAUACCUGACCUUUGAUUUUUUCUAUUCAAACAACCAAAGAAUUCAACAUAACUCCAUCUGAAAAGCUCUUACAAUUUACAAAUGGAAAUUCUUGAUUUACCAGCUUUUCUUUCAAGCUCACCUCCACUGUUUUACAUGCUCCUUAAACCCAUUUUCCUCCAUCGGUUUUCUGGUUUACUGCACUUAGUUUUGCUACUUGGGUUAUUCAUCUCCUUUGUGGGCAAGAAACUUAGGGCGGGAAAGGUGGAUGAGAGGUUUGACAAAAACAAGAGGGUUUUCUGUUAUAAACAGACUUUGUUGUGUUGUUAUGGCGUUUCAUUGUUUAACCUUGUUUUGUGCUUCUUAAUCUACUUUUAUUGGUAUAGAGAUGUCUGGUCUGAUGAUAAACUGAUGACCCUUUUGGAUUCAGCAGUGCUUAAAUCACUGUCUUGGGGUGCACUUGGUGUUUAUCUGUACACUAAUUCUGUUUCUUCACCUGAGACAAAGUUUCCCAUUUUAUUGAAAAUUUGGUGGGUUUUUUAUUUUAUUACAUCGUGUUAUAGCUUAAUUGUAGAUUUUAUGCUUCAGGGGAAACACAUGUCUUUAGAAAUUCAGUUCUUGGUAUCUGAUGUAGUCUCUGUAUUGACAGGUUUGUAUAUCUGUUAUGUUGGGUUCUUGAAAGAUAAGAAUAGAGAUUCCCUAAUCGAAGAACCCUUUUUAAAUGGCGAUUCUAGUUUAAGUAAUAGCUUGGAGUCAACUAAGCCCAUAGGAAGUAAGACUUUAACACCUUACUCAAAUGCUAGUCCCUUCAGUAUUCUUACCUUCUCUUGGAUGGGUUCCCUUAUUGCUGUUGGCAAUAAGAAAACUUUAGACCUGGAGGAUGUUCCUCAGCUUGAUUUUAAGGAUACUGUAGCUGGGACAUUUUCAGUUCUUAGAAAUAAGCUGGAGAUGGAUGGUGGUGCUCCUGCUAAUGGAGUUACCACAAACAAGCUUGUCAAAGCAUUAUUCCUUUCAUUUUGGAAGGAACUUCUAUUGACUGCUUUACUUGCACUGUUAUAUACAGUAGCUUCUUAUGUUGGUCCAUACCUCAUAGAAUCUUUUGUUCAGUGCCUUGAUGGGCGAGGAGAGUAUAAAAAUCAGGGAUAUGUUCUAGCUUCAGUAUUUUUCGUUGCAAAACUCGUAGAGUGUCUCUCUCAGAGGCAUCAGGUGUUUAGAUUGCAGCAAAUUGGAAUCAGGAUCCGUUCAGUUCUUGUGGCAAUGGUAUAUAAUAAGGGCUUAACACUUUCGCACCUGUCGAAACAGGAUCACACAAGUGGCGAAAUCAUCAAUUACAUGGCUGUUGAUGCAGAGAGAAUUGGACAUUUUACUUGGUAUGUCCAUGACUUGUGGUUGGUCUUCUUCCAAGUUGGUUUAGCCUUGUUGAUAUUGUAUAAGAAUCUCGGUCUUGGAUCCAUUGCCGCUUUUAUCUCGACGGUUAUUAUCAUGUUGCUUAAUUAUCCUCUGGGUAGAUUGCAAGAGAAGUUUCAGGACAAGUUGAUGGAAUCAAAAGAUAACAGAAUGAAGACAACAUCUGAGAUUUUAAGGAAUAUGAGGAUUCUCAAGCUUCAAGGAUGGGAAAUGAAGUUUCUGUGUAAAAUCCUUGAUCUCAGAAAGAUGGAGGAAGGAUGGUUGAAGAAGUACUUUUACACCUCAGCAGUAACAAAUUUUUUCUUCUGGGUUGCUCCAACUUUUAUUUCUGUGGCCACUUUUGGUGCUUGUAUGUUUAUGGGAGUCCAACUUGAAACAGGAAAGAUCUUAUCUGCACUAGCAACAUUCAGGAUUCUUCAAGAGCCGAUAUACUUUCUUCCUGAUACAAUUUCCAUGGUAGUCCAGACUAAGGUUUCUCUUGAUAGAAUUGCAUCUUUUCUUCGUCUCCAAGAAUUACAGUUUGAUGUUAUUGAGAAGCUUCCAAGAUUUAGUUCUGACACAGCAAUUGAGAUAGUUAAUGGGAAUUUCUCUUGGGAUUUCUCUUUACCUCACCCGACACUAAAAGAUGUAAGUUUCAAAGUAUUCCGUGGCAUGAAUGUUGCUGUUUGUGGUGCUGUUGGUUCAGGCAAGUCAAGCUUACUUUCCUGCAUCCUAGGAGAGGUACCCAAAAUUUCUGGGACUCUUAGGUUGUGCGGGACAAAGGCCUAUGUGGCGCAGUCACCUUGGAUUCAAAGCGGGACAAUUGAAGAGAACAUACUGUUUGGUAAGAAGAUGGACAGAGAUAGGUAUGACAGGAUACUGGAAGCAUGUGCGCUGAAAAAGGACAUAGAAAUCCUGUCAUUUGGUGACCAAACAGUUAUAGGAGAGAGGGGAAUCAACUUAAGUGGCGGCCAGAAGCAACGUAUUCAGAUUGCUCGAGCUCUCUACCAAGAUUCUGAUAUUUAUCUAUUUGAUGAUCCUUUCAGUGCUGUGGAUGCUCACACUGGAUCUCAUAUAUUUAAGAAUGUUUUGAUCAAUCUUCUAAAUACAAGAACUGUUAUAUACAUCACUCACCAAGUUGAGUUCUUACCUGCUGCUGAUAUAAUCUUGGUCAUGAAAGAUGGAAGGAUCACACAGGCUGGGAAAUAUAGUGACCUUCUUAUCCCAGGAUCCGAUUUCAUGGAGCUUGUAAAUGCACACAGGGCAGCCUUAUCGCCACUUGAUUCAAAACAGGCAUCACAUCCUGAAAAUGGAAGUACUAGUAAGGAGAGCAGCUUUAGUAAGGCUGUGCUAGAUCAGGAUAAAAUUGACUUGGCAAAUGAUAAAGAAAAUGAGAUAGUUGUGCCGAAAGGACAGCUCAUUCAAGAAGAAGAGAGAGAGAAAGGUCGCGUUGGGUUUACGGUGUACUGGAAAUAUAUCACAACAGCAUUUGGUGGAGCUCUUGUGCCAAUCAUAUUAUUGGCAGCAAUUUUAUCUCAGAUCCUUCAAAUUUGUAGCAAUUAUUGGAUGGCAUGGGCAACUCCUGAGUCGAAGGAUGUGAAACCUGUUGUUACCGCAUCUACACUGAUAGGUGUGUAUGCAGCUUUUGCCCUGGGAAGUUCAUUCUGUCUCCUGGUCAGGAUCACUCUUCUUGUUACAGCAGGGUAUAAGACAGCGACUCUGCUUUUCAAUAAGAUGCAUUAUAGCAUUUUCCGUGCGCCCAUGUCCUUCUUUGAUGCAACCCCUAGUGGUCGAAUCCUAAACAGAGCUUCUACGGACCAAAGCCAGAUAGAUUUGCAAAUGGCAUAUCAAACUGGUGCAGUUGUAUUCACACUGAUCCAGCUUCUGGGAGUCGUCGGAGUCAUGUCUCAGGUGGCAUGGCAAAUUUUUGUCAUUUUUAUCCCUGUGGCUUGCGUUUGCAUCUGGUAUCAGCAAUAUUACAUCCCUUCUGCAAGAGAACUUGCACGAUUAGCCGGUGUAUCCAAAGCUCCGGUUUUCCAGCACUUCUCUGAAACAAUAUCAGGAUCGACAACUAUUAGGAGUUUCGAUCAGCAAUCAAGAUUCCAAGAAAUAAACAUGAAAUUGAUGGAUGCAUAUUCUCGGCCCAAAUUUCAUAUUGCUGGUGCAAUGGAAUGGCUUUGCUUCAGGCUGGAUAUAUUUUCUUCUAUUACAUUCGCAACAUCAUUGAUUUUGUUGAUCUCUUUCCAAGAUAGAAUUAAUCCAGCAAUUGCGGGCCUAGCUGUGACAUAUGGACUCAACCUUAACAUCAUACAAACUUGGUUUAUAUGGAAACUCUGUAAUUUGGAGAACCGGAUCAUAUCAGUAGAAAGAGUACUUCAAUACUUGUCCAUACCUAGUGAACCUCCUCUUCUAAUAGAAGAAAAGCGACCAGACCAGUCGUGGCCGUCACUUGGAGAAGUUUCUAUUGAUAAUCUUCAGGUUCGCUAUGCCCCACACAUGCCACUGGUUCUGCAAGGUCUCACCUGCAGUUUUCCAGGAGGGAAGAGAACUGGUAUUGUUGGGAGAACAGGAAGUGGAAAGUCUACUCUGAUACAGACUCUUCUCCGCAUUGUGGAACCCACAGUUGGUCAGAUUGUGAUUGACGACAUCAAUAUCUCAUCAAUUGGAUUGCAUGAUUUGCGGUCAAGGCUGGGCAUUAUUCCUCAGGAUCCAACUAUGUUCGAGGGGACUAUACGGAGCAACCUGGACCCGCUUGAAGAGUAUACAGAUGAACAAAUUUGGGAGGCUCUGGACAAAUGUCAACUUGCACAUGAAGUUAAGAAAAAAGAGAAAAGGCUGGAUUCCAUGGUUACUGAGAAUGGGGAAAACUGGAGUAUGGGUCAGAGGCAGCUGGUCUGUCUAGGGCGUGUACUACUGAAAAAGUGUAAAAUACUGAUCCUGGAUGAAGCUACUGCCUCUGUGGAUACAGCUACUGAUAAUCUUAUACAGCAAACCAUAAAGCAACACUUCUCUGACCGUACAGUUGUAACAAUUGCUCAUCGGAUAACUUCAGUUCUUGAUAGUGACGUGGUUUUGCUUUUGAGCAAUGGGCUGAUUGAGGAAUUUGAUUCUCCGGCAAGAUUGUUACAAAAUAAGUCAUCUUCAUUCGGACAACUUGUAGCAGAGUACACAAUGAGGUCAAAUGCCAGUCUCGAGAAGUUCACUUGACAAAGCGUCUUAUUAACAUGGUUCAACUGCAAUAGGGUCUUCAUGACAGGUUAAGCUGAUUGAUGUCGUUUUUCUUAAGCUUUCUAUAUUGAAGCUUGAAGUCAUAAAAAAUCAUGAAAAUUAGUGAAACCAGAUGAGUACCUUUUGUUUUUACUUUUUGCUCUACAUAAUAGAUUUGUUAAUACAUUUUAAUCUAAUUCCCUGGUCUAGUGGUAAA